GUGACAGCCAGCCAGCAAGCUGAUGUGCCACGCCAGAAAGUUAGAUUGUAUUUGCCAUCGGGAGAAACAGGCCCCCAAACGCCGGGUCUUGGAUUAGUUCUUUUUUUCCGGCAACGACCACUCGUUCCCGUGCCUGGAUCGCUCAUCGCUGCCGUUCGUGUUGCUGUGUGCCAUUGAUUGUCCGCGUGCUGUCUGGUGCGGUAUAGAUUGUGCCUUCCAGCUCCACAAUGGUGCACUGAAGGAGCUAUUGUUGCAAGCCGCCAAAGCAAUGCACCUGCAGAAACGACGAGUUUCAUCAGAGGGCAACAACAACAACGACGACGAAGACCGGGAUUUGGCGAACUACGACGGGCGCAGAUAGUACGCGAGCCAGGGCUACCAUUCUUUUAGAGCUUUCUGCGUCAAAGCAAGUGGUGUAUAGGUUGCAGCCGGUUGGCGACGCUGCACAAACCUUUGGUGGCGUCUGUUCUAGUCAUAGCGACAAACGUAUAGCGACCGGUGUGUUAACGGUGUGAUUAAAGAGCCAAAAGAGUUGUGAGCACUGCAGAUAGGGUGUGAAGUAAGAGUGCAUCUGCCGGACGCUAAGAUGGAUCAAGUAACGAAGCUACGCAUGAACCUGGAAAAGCAGGAAAGCCUUAUAAAGCUGGGCAUCCUGACGACGGCCGCUAUUCUGUCCUUCUCGACGCGUCUGUUCUCCGUCCUGCGGUUCGAGAGUGUCAUUCACGAGUUCGAUCCGUACUUCAACUAUCGCACCACGAAGCAUCUUGCCGAGCAAGGGUUUUACAACUUCCACAACUGGUUCGAUGAUCGAGCCUGGUACCCGCUGGGCCGUAUCAUCGGCGGCACCAUCUAUCCCGGGCUGAUGAUUACCUCCGCCGUACUGUACCGCUUGAUGUGGCUGGUAAACAUUACCGUCGACAUACGGAACGUGUGCGUGUUUCUGGCCCCGUUCUUUUCCUCCCUGACCACGAUCGUCACGUACCUGCUGACGAAGGAGAUUCACAGCAGUGGUGCGGGGCUGGUCGCCGGCGCGAUGAUCUCGAUUGUGCCCGGGUACAUUUCGCGCUCGGUCGCCGGCUCGUACGACAACGAAGGUAUUGCGAUCUUCUGUAUGCUGCUGACGUACUACACCUGGAUCAAGGCGGUCAAGACGGGCGCGAUACUGUGGGCAACGUUUGCUGCGCUCGCCUACUUCUACAUGGUAUCGUCCUGGGGUGGGUACGUGUUUCUCAUCAACCUGAUACCGCUGCACGUGCUGGCACUGAUGGCGACGGGCCGGUUUACGCAUCGCGUGUACAUCGCCUACAGCACGCUGUACACGAUCGGCACCAUCCUGUCGAUGCAGAUUUCGUUCGUUGGCUUUCAACCGGUGCAGAGCUCGGAGCACAUGCUCGCGUUCGGUGUGUUUGGGCUGUGUCAGCUGCACGCGUUCGUCGACUACGUACGCUCGGCGGUACCGAAGGAACACUUCGACACGCUGUUUCAAGCGCUGAUCGUUACGAUAGCGUCGGUGGCGGCACUGAUCGGGCUGGCGCUAACCGUCACCGGCAAAAUUUCACCCUGGACCGGUCGGUUCUACUCGCUGCUUGAUCCGUCCUACGCUAAAAACCACAUCCCCAUCAUCGCGUCCGUGUCCGAGCAUCAGCCGACGUCCUGGUCAUCGUUUUACUUCGAUCUGCAAAUACUGGUAUUUCUGUUCCCGGCCGGACUGUACUUCUGCUUUUCCAAGCUCUCGGAUGCAAACAUUUUCAUCAUCCUGUACGGUGUGACGAGCAUUUACUUUGCGGGCGUAAUGGUGCGCCUGAUGCUGGUGCUUGCACCGGUCAUGUGUAUCCUGUCCGGCAUUGCAAUCUCCCACCUGCUGACCAAGUACAUCCGCAACAUGGAUGUGAGCGGUGCGAACGUGGCGACCGUCGCGGAAGGUAGCAACCGCAAAACGAAGGCACGGUACGAGCAGCAAUCGUCGGUGAAGAAUGAGGUUGCGAUUGGCUUUGUGCUGCUCGUUACCUUCCUGCUCGUCACGUACACGUUCCACUGCACCUGGGUGACGUCGGAGGCGUACAGCUCGCCAAGCAUCGUGCUGAGCGCCCGAUCGCAGGACGGUGGACGGAUCAUUUUCGACGAUUUCCGUGAGGCGUACUAUUGGCUGAAGAUGAACACACCGGAGGAUGCGCGCGUAAUGUCUUGGUGGGAUUACGGUUACCAAAUAACGGCCAUGGCGAACCGUACCAUCCUGGUGGACAACAAUACCUGGAACAAUACGCACAUUUCGCGCGUGGGACAAGCGAUGGCAUCGACCGAGGAUAAGGCGUACGAAAUCAUGAAGGAGCUGGACGUGGACUAUGUGUUGGUCAUUUUCGGUGGCUUAACUGGCUACUCGUCGGAUGAUAUCAACAAAUUCCUUUGGAUGGUACGAAUCGGUGGCAGCACGGAUCGUGGCGCACACAUUAAGGAGAUGGACUACUACGCACCGAGCGGCGAUUUCCGGAUCGACAAGGAAGGAUCGCCCGUGCUGCUGAACUGCUUGAUGUACAAGAUGUGCUACUAUCGCUUCGGCCAGGUGUACACGGAGGGUGGCAAAGCGCCCGGGUAUGAUCGUGUGCGGGGGGCCGAGAUCGGCAACAAAGACUUCGAGCUGGAUGUGCUGGAGGAGGCGUACACGACCGAACACUGGCUGGUGCGCAUCUACAAGGUGAAGGAUCUUAGCAAUCGUGGUGUGUAAGCGCUCACCGAAGGCUGUCUCUUCAUACACCUUUACCGCUACUUUGAUUCCUUUCGAUAAGAUGCAUACUUAACUUAAUCCCUUUUCACACACACACUCUCUCUAAACAAGUUCGGUUAUUCGCUGUAUGCAAUGGUUCCCCCCCCCCCCCCCCCUUUAAAUGCUAAACGAACAAAUAUCGCACGUGGACCACCGACUGCCUGGCGCAUUGUGUUCCACCGAAUUGGUUAAGUACAUCUUCCUCAUUGUAUUUUGUUUUUCCCGACAGUUUUCCUUAAAUUUGUGUGUAUUACUAGUACCCGAAAAUGCUGUUGAAGUGGAGUUUUCUUCACGUGAUAAGUGCAUUUUUUUUUUCUCUACCCAACCAGUGGCUUUGUAUUAUUUCUUAAUGCUAAACCAGCGUUCAUUUAUUGUUUGGAUUCUUCCUUCCCCAAAAACAAAAAAAAAAACAAAACAAAGAACCAAAACUUUAAGCGCACACGAUCCUUACAAUAUAGACAAAAGCAAAUGCGAACGUCCUAUGCAAGCAAAAGCAACUUUGAAAAUGGCAAUGGUGAGGAUAAUCUAAGAAAUUUCGGAGGAUAUCAUUCCACGCAUAAACUCACAAAGAAAACAGACACAAUAACGCACGAGAGCAAUAGGUGAAAAAGUGAAGCAAACUCACAAAACUGCCACUCACACAAGUCAAGGUAUCCUAUUAAAGACAAACAACAACAAAAAAAAAAACAAAUAAAACACAUAAAUAAUUGAAUUUUACAA